AUGCCGCGGAAAGCGCUGGUCUGCGUCCUACAGCUCGACGUCCGCUCGAUAACUUGCCCUGGAGUGCUGCUGAAAGACAAAGAGGAACUUUAUCUCAGUGUCUCUGUACUUGGGCAGUACAAAAAAACUCACCGCGUCCCUGCAGCAUUUCCACUCUUCUUUCAAGAAAAACUAGUAUUUGAAAAGGCAUUUGCUGAUAUAGUUGAUCCUGGAGACCUUGUGAAGUUGCUGGAAUUUGACACAGCAGUACUUGAAUUAAUACAGCUUGUUCCUCCAGUAGGAAAAAUUCUAGCUACGUAUGAAGAAAAUACAAGAGAUUUCCUGUUCCCUGACCCUAAGCUUACCUGUGGGCACCAUGGUUUAAAUCGUGAGAUUUUAAUGAAGAGGUCCUCUUCUUUUACAGGAAUUGCACCAAAAUUGAGAUUUUCUACAAGCUCCCUUAUUACAGAGAGACUGUUAAGCUCAGGAAGGAGUCAUGUACAGGAUGCUUUGAACUUGGUACAUCACUGCACUCCAAAUGGAAAAUUGCAAACGAAGUUACCGAAGAAAAAUACUUUUUCACCUGAGAAGAGCAGGCACAGCUUAGCAACAAAGAACUACGAGCAGCCUACAAUAGCUUCUAAAUCGCGUUCGCCAUCUCCGUACACCAAAAGACGAAUGUGUGAGCUAUCAGAAGCAGCCAGGCAACGACUGGCCCAUUUAAACCUUGGUCCUUAUGAAUUCAGAAGAGAAACUGAUAAACCUCCAUUUGUAGUCAGACGGAUUGAGCAACCAAGCCCUGGUAUUAAACUUCAUACCUGGUGUCCUACACAAGAAGGUAGAGCAGAAGCCUGGACUGGUGUGGACCAUGAUCUUUCUCUUCUUGGCAGCUACAGACCCAGGAAAGCCAAAGCAAAAUCUACUCAUGGAAAAGACUUUGAGAGUUCUGGUGUUUGUAAUGAGGAUGUGGUCUCAGAGCCACCCAAGAAGCAGUCCCACUCUGCUGGUUCAUUGGAGCAUUCAGCACCUCCAGCUCUUCAGAAGCAUUCUCCAAGUUCUGUGCUAAAUCGAUCUUCUCUAAGGGAAAGAUUUAGUUCUGGUUGGCCUUCACCAGCAAAUGGAGAUGAGAUACAUAAAAGAGUGAAAAAUAUUUUAAGGACACACAGUGCCAGACAGCGCCUCAUAUUUGAUGAGAGUAACUCAUCAAAAGGAGACUUGACUAAGACAAGAGAAUCUUUGCAUAAAGCACCCUUGUCCAGGAGUGAACUGCAGAGCAGUUCACCUGUGCAGCAGAAGUCUACUGUCCACUUGGAUAACAGUGACUACUGGGCAGGUCGUGUAGCUGCAUACAAGGGGAAGCCUCGCAGAGCCAUCUUUGAAGAGAGUCUUGAGAAAAUAUACAGAAACAUGUACCAAAAAACUUCUGGCACUAUUUUAGACUCCUGA